AUGAGCUGUAACAGUGAGCCCAGAACUUAUCCAUGUACCAUUUGUGGUGACCAAAGUCAUACUGGACCUCAGUGCCCCUUGUUUUACCCAACUGAAACUACCCGUGACCAGGUUAGUGUCCUACAUGGUGGUAUGAACUCUAAAUUUGAGGGUAGACCCAAGUUUGAUCCCUAUUCUAAUACGUAUAACCCUGGUUGGAGACAUAACCCUAAUUUUUCGUGGUCUAAAGGUUCCCAACAGGGUGGCCCAUCUAGCAACCCACCACCAGAUUUUCAUAGGAACCAAACUCAAUUCCAAGAACCAAGCCCAGUUGAUCAUAAGUUAACAUCUUUAGAAGAAUCCAUGAAACUUUUAGCUCAAAGUGUUGUCCAAAGCAACCAAAAGUUCGAUGACUUUGUCCUAAUGAGUCAGCGUAACCAGCAAAAUAAUUCCCAAGCUAUUAGCAACUUAGAGACUCAAAUAAGUCAACUUUCAAACCGGAGUGAUAAAACUCUAGAGAACUCGGUAGAACCACCUAAGGACAAAAGUCCAGCUGAAAAAGAGAAUGAGGUUGACCAAACUUCGUCUAAAGACCUUAAUGGGCCUGAGAGUUUUAAGAGUCCAAGUGAGGAAGAUAUCCCUGAGAGAGUGUACAUACCACCCGCACCGUUUUCUCAGAGACUCGCUAAGAAAAAGCCUAGUACAUAUGCUGAAAUCUUGGACAUCUUUAAGCAAGUUAAGAUCAACCUGCCCUUGUUAAAUGCAAUUAAACAUGUACCGGCUAUGGAGAAGUUCCUAAAAGAGAUGUGCACUAUCAAGAGAGACGUGAGUGUCCAUAAGAAAGAAUUUUUGACCCAACAAGUUAGUUCCAUAAUCUCACAAAAGUACCCAGUCAAAUUUAAAGAUCCUGGUUGUCCUACUGUCACAUGUGUCAUAGGUAGCCAAAAGAUAGAAAAUGCUCUUUUAGAUCUUGGGGCUAGUGUGAAUCUUUUACCGUUCUGGGUAUAUGAACAACUUGGACUAGGUGAGAUGAAACCAACUAGGAUAACACCACAGUUAGCCGAUAGGUCAGUCAAAAUCCCACGUGGAAUUAUUGAAGACGUUUUGGUUUAG